GUUGACGCAUCUUCUCGUAUUCUCGCUCGCAGCGGCACGUUCAUGCUUCAGUUGGAUGCUUUUCCCAGCGGAGACGGCGUUCAGGCUGAUCCUUCAGCUGCGAGACUGACGGCAUCCAUGAUGGAACUGCAGACCUUGCAGGAGGCUCUGAAGGUGGAGAUUCAAAUCCAUCAGAAACUGGUGGCCCAAAUGAAGCAGGACCCUCAGAAUGCCGACCUGAAGAAACAACUUCACGAGCUUCAGGCCAAAAUCACCGCCCUGAGCGAGAAGCAGAAAAAGGUGGUGGAGCAGCUGAGGAAGGAGCUGCUGGUCAAGCAAGAACCCGAAGCCAAAGUGCAGCUGCAGGUCCACGCGCCGCCCGCGGUGGGUGAAAUCAAGCCCUCCGCCCUGCAGCAGAUUGCCGGAGGACUGCAGCAGACGCUGACGGUGACGCCGCUCCUCGCCGCCAAGGCGUUACCUCUGGUGUUGAAAGCCGCGCCCGCCCCGCCCGGCUCCGUCCUGCCUCAACGCCCGGCCACCGUCGCCAUGGUAACCACCGCCAUCUCCAAAGCGGACUCGCACAACGCCCCCAUCAACCUGCAAGUGGCGGCCGGCAAACUCAACGCUCACGGCUUGGAACCGGUCAGGCUGGUGUCCAAGAACGCCAUGCUGGUACGCGCUUUUGUGACCGUCGCGGUUCCUCAGCAGGUCAGGCCGAAGCCCGGCUCGCCCGCCAACGUCCCUAUCGCCCCCGCUCCCCCGCCGCCCAUGAUGGCGGCGCCCCAGCUGCUGCAGAGGCCCGUCAUGUUGGCCACCAAACUGCCGCCUUCGCUGGCGCCCGCCGCGCCCAUUCACCAGCUCCGCAUCGUUAACGGGCAGCCCUGCGUCAAGAGCGGCUCCGCCCCAUUGACGGGCAUCGUCAUCGCCGCGGCCGGCGCCCGUCUCGCCGGCACCCCCCGGGCACCCGACCCCGCCUCCGUGCCCGCGCGGCCUUUACAGACGGGCGGCGCCGAGCCCAAGACCGUUAAAGCUGGAGGCGGAGCAGAGCACAAGGCCACCCUCCCUCCUUCGGCGACUCCGCCCUCGUCUCCGCCUCCCGGGCCCAAGAAAGAGGAGAGUCCCGAGAAACUGGCAUUCAUGGUGUCCUUGGGACUUGUAACGCACGACCACUUGGAAGAGAUUCAGAGCAAACGGCAAGAGCGCAAGAGAAGAACGACGGCCAACCCGGUGUACAGCGGAGCCGUUUUUGAACCCGAGAGGAAAAAGAGUGCCGUGAGUUACCUGAACAGCCCGUUACACCAGGCGGCACGAAAGAGAGGUCGCCCACCCAAAUACGGCGGCGUCCCGGAGUCGGGCCACCUUACCCCGACCUCCCCCUCUGGCCCCGUACGCCCCCUCCCCCCGCCCGGCCCCGGGGACGGAGACAUCCAUGAGGACUUCUGCACUGUGUGCAGACGCAGCGGCCAGUUGCUCAUGUGCGACACGUGUUCUCGUGUCUAUCAUCUGGACUGCCUGGAACCGCCCCUGAAAAGCAUUCCUAAAGGCAUGUGGAUCUGUCCAAAAUGCCGAGAUCAGAUCCUCAAGAAAGAAGAAGCCAUUCCCUGGCCCGGAACGCUGGCCAUCGUCCACUCCUACAUCGCCUACAAAGAAGCGAAAGAAGAAGAGAAGCAGAAGCUCAUCAAGUGGAGCGCAGAACUGAGGUUGGAGCGCGAGCAGUUGGAACAACGUGUCAAGCAGCUCAGCAACUCCAUCACGAAGUGCAUGGAAACCAAGAAUGGCAUCCUGGCUCGCCAGAAGGAGAUGCAGCUCUCUCUGGACAAGGUCAAACAUCUGGUCCGCCUCAUCCAGGCCUUCAACUUCAAGCGGACGCCGGCCGACCCCGACGGAAGCGACGGCGGAGCCCGAGACGUCGCGGGACCGCCCGGGCCGGAGGCCGGCCGCCGAGCGGACGAGAAAGACGCGGAGCGGCUGGCGGAAAAAAGCGGGGAAGCCGAGCGGCGGGACGACGCGGCGCUCGCCCCGGACUUUCGGGAAGGAGGCACGGAGGACGGAUCCCGGCCCGAGGCGGCGGCCCGGUCCCCGGCGCCCGCAUCCUCGGAUGCCACGUCACUCUCGACCGUCGACGCUACGGCCCGGCCGACGCUUUGGCCUUCCCGCGCCGCGACCGGCGGGCCUCCGGAAACGGAGGACCGAGACCGACGGGACACGGGCGACGACGAGACCUCGGAACCCUCCCGGCGUUCCGCGCCGGAGCUCGUCGGCGCCGAGUGA